AUGGUCAAAUACGACAGCUCCUCCAGCCCAGAGUCAUUGGAUCGUCGCUCUUUACGGUCGAUACAACGAGGAUACCGCCAAGGCAAUCUCAACAAUAAACGUUCUACGCAUACCCCGUUCUCCUUACCCAUUGUCGCCCAACUAUCUCUUUCAACCCUGUCCUAUGGCUACCUAUGUCCAAGUCUGAAAGAAGUCGCUGCAUACGUUGGCGUCUUGGCUGGCUUCCUAGUGAUCGAUACAAAACCUACCCUCGACGCCCUGGCCAACCCUUUACAAAAAUCCAUACCAUUCAAUGCCUCCAAAUGCCCCAAACCAUUCCUGACCCAUUGUCCUUCCUUUUAA